AUGUUAUUCAUCAAAGUUUCUGAUGGUAUUAAAUGUAUUGAUGAUAUUCAAAUGCAAUUCUAUUCAUCUGAGGUUAAUUUAACUAAAGUUAUGAAAACUCUGAGCAAUCUAAAAAGUAGUGAUAAGAAGAAGUGCCAAGUAUAUAUCGAAUUAAAUUCAGUUACUAAAGACUUGGUAAUACAAUUCGACCAAUCGAUGCAAUUACCACGUCUUCGUUCUUUUGAAAAUGUUCAUGUACAAAUUUCUACAUCGAUCACAUCAGCGAAUCCUGAGAAGACCACGAGUCAAACUUCGAUCAAUACUACAGUAUACAUAACAUGUCAAAGCAAUGAUGAAUGUGAUACUCAGUUCAUUGAGGAAUAUUUGACUUGGUUGAUUAAAAAAAAUUAUAGAAAUUUAGAAUCUUCUAUUCGCCCUUUGAUACUCGUCCAAGGUGAAAAAAAAAAUGAGUGCACGAUUGGUAAUGGAGAUAAUGUAAAACCAUGCUACAAUAAUUCAUGCUCAUGGUACUAUUCAGUAGAUACAACACUAGGUGAAGGUAAAUGCGAAAAUACGGAUUUACAUGUAUUACCAAUGCUUCAACUCACCAUUAACAUAAGAAUGUUUGUCAAGCACAAGGAACAAGACGAAAUGAAACCAGCUCGAGCAAUAUUUAAACAUCGUUUAUCAAUCAAAUUUUGGUGUGAAUUAAGUAAUUGUAAUAAUGAAAAAGUUGGAAAAUUAGUGGAAGAAACUGUCAGCAAACAAUAUGAUUUAUGGACGAUAUGCAAGACUUGUUAA